AUGGGAAAGGGCAAGCAAAAUGGAGAAUCAGACAACAAGGCUGGGAAGAAGAAUCAGAAAAAGGGAGAUCUGGAUAAGUCGGAUAAGAAAAACCAAUGUAAAGAAAUUGUUUUGAAGGUUAACAUGCACUGUGAAGGAUGUGCUUCAAAAGUUUCUCAUUGCUUGAAAGGAUAUGAUGGGGUUGAGCAAAUUAAGACAGAGAUUGAAGACAAUAAAGUGGUUGUGACUGGGAAAUUUGAUGAUCCAACGAAGAUAUUACGAAGAGUGCAAAAGAAAUUUAGUAAAAAUGCUGAGUUAAUUUCCCCAAAACCUAACCCUAAACAAGAUCAGAAGAAGGAGCCACAACAAAAGAAAGAAAGUACUCCGCCAAUCAAAACUGCAAUUUUAAAAAUGAACAUGCACUGUGAUGGAUGUGUUCAUGAAAUCAAAAGAGGCAUUGAGAAAAUAAAAGGUAUUCAAACGGUGGUACCAGACCGGUCAAAGUCAACAGUGCUUGUACGAGGAGUCAUGGAUCCUCCAGUACUUGUGGAGAAAAUUAAGAAAAAACUUGGGAAACAUGCAGAGCUUCUAAGUCAAAGCACAGAAAAACGCAAAGACAAUAAAGACAAAGACAGCAAUAACAAGAACACCAACAAGAAAGAAGACGGUUAUGGAAACCAAAUAUUCAGUUACCCUCAGAUAUUUAGCGACGAAAAUGUACAUUCAUGUUCGAUCAUGUGA